AAGAUACCGACGCUUCACCAUGAGCGCUACCGGGGCCAGCACCACUGUCAUCGCCGCCGACGUUCAGCGGUGCGAGCCCGAGUGGCGGUCCAACCCUGGGGUUCGCGGGUGUGCAAGGGCGAUGUCCUCGGGCUGGGGUCCUUUCGUGCUGCCCGGAACAGAGGACUGCGUGUUGCGCACCGAGGACGGUGGCGCAUUCCGGGCACACAGGGCCCUUCUGUGCGCGGCCAGCCCCUACUUCCGAGGCCUGCUACGUGGCGGCCAUACUGACGUGCUGAUGGGAGGAGUCAAGGGAUCGGUGCUCAAUGCCUUGCUCGCCCACGUAUACACGGAUCAGCUAUGCGUUACAACCGAUAACGUGCUGGAGGUGAUGGAGGCUGCCGACAUGCUGCUGCUAGAGCACUGCCUAGAGGAAUGCAUGGAAAUGGUGCAGCAAAACGUUCAAAUCGGGAACUGCCUUAGCCUGGCCGUGGUCAGCGGGCAGUACUACUGGCAAGCUUUCCGCGACUACCUGCUGGGAUACAUACUCGAACACUUCGAUGAGAUAUGGCGCGUCAGCAAGGAGUUUCCAGAGAUGUCCGCACGGCAUCUCUGCGAAGUUCUGGAGUCGCCGGAGCUCAACGUUCGGCAAGAGCAGACCUUGCUGUACGCUAUUGCACGCUGGGCGAAUGCUGGUGGCGACUUUCCCAUGGUUAGUCGGCCUGGGCUUCGACAGCUACUGGAAUGUGUUCGCGUUGGCCUCUGCAGCCCAGCUGACCUGGAAGCAUUUCAAAACUUCUGUCCUGCGUUGGCCAUGAGCCCCGCUUACCGUGAGGCCGUAUUGGAAGCCCUCGAACGUGGCCCCUGCCUGUGCUCGCCGAUCCCGUUCCUGCUCGAAAAAUGCUCUGCGCAAGAACCGGGAGCGCCAGUCGCGGAAGCGGCAGCGAUCGGAGUUGCGGCCCCGCUCGCCGCUGACCCCGCAGCUGUUGUCCGAAACGAUGCCGCAGCUGCCGUCGCAGAUGCAGACGCUUCCGAUGCUCCCGCUGAUGUUGGCGCAGACGUCGACAUGGAGGAAGACGAUGCCGACGCUGGAGUCACUGAAGACCUGCCCGUGGUGAAACCCCAGUGCGAUAAAUGCGGCAAGAAUAACCCUGAACGCUGGCUUCCUCGCUUUCCGCACAACAUGUUGUUCGUGGUAGGCGGCUGGAGGAUGGGGCAGCCGUUGUCUGACAUCAUAGCCUUCGACCCACGCACCAACCGGUGGGUUUACCACAAGAACGAGUCCAUCUUCGAGCCAAGAGCCUACCACGCAGUGGCCGUAUACAAGAGGCGUAUUUUCGUGCUGGGCGGCAUGCAAGAACGGAACUACUUGCGCUCCACCAUCAGCUACGACAUGGACAAGUGCGAAUGGAAGAGCGAGUCCUCCAUGAACGUCCCACGCGCCUAUGUUGCAGCCGUGGCACUGGGGGAGUACAUCUAUGCAAUAGGCGGACACACUGGUGUGGAGCGAACGCCUAGUGUAGAGCGCUACUGUCCGCGGACCAGGCAGUGGGCCGUGGUGUCUCGCAUGAACAGGAGGCGUAGCGAUGCCGCCGCCUGCGUCAUCAAAGGUCGCCUUCUCGUGAGUGGUGGCUUCAAUGGCCGCCGCUACCUGGAGAGCAUCGAGGUGUACACGCCGCAGACGGACAGCUGGUCACUCGUUCACUCGCUGCCAUUCCCUCGCUGCAGCCACAGAAUGAUCGUGCUGGGGGCAUAUGUCUACGUCAUAGGCGGUUUCGACGGCCGCCGACGUCUCACAUCAGUGGUCCGCAGCCUGACCCUGCUUCCACUGAAGUGGCACAGCGUCGCUCACCUGAAGAAACCCCGGAGCACCUUCGCCCUUGCACAGCUCGAGGAUGAGCUGUACGUCAUCGGUGGCCACGAUGGCAAGACUAUUGUAUCCAACGUGGAGCGGUAUUCACCGCGCGACGGCAGCUGGAGCUCAGCCCCGUCACUGACUGAGCCUGUGAGUGCCAUGGCUGCUUGCCUCGUGUCGGGUGGGGCCAUCUGCAAGAAGCUUUCUAUAAGGGGAACUCUCGAGCUUUCAUGACAGAAGCAGCGCGGAGUGGACAGGUGCUUCAUCACCCAUCUGUCAGUUGCGUGCGGUGAAACUUUUGAAGCUUACGUAAUUUAACAUCUGAAAAAUUAUUUGCGUCCAGUGACAACAGAGACCUUGUGAAGAAAGGGCUUGGCUGAAAUUGUGACGACGCAGUUGUAAAUACAAGGCGUCGACCAAAA